AUGGCCGACUCGAACAUCCUCAUUUCCUGGAAGUCCCUCUUUCUUCUCCAGAAAGACUUUCUCAGAGAUGUUAUAAAUAAACUGAACAACCUCCGAGGUUAUGGCAUGGCCAACAGGUUUUCCUGGUCUUCAAAAAGGCUCACUGCUUUUAGAAACGUCUCUAAGCUUUCGAUCUCCAAAGGUUCCUCGGAAACAUACGGUUCGAGCAAAGAUUCCAAUGAUGUUGCACAAACCAGAAGGAAACACCAUUCAUGGAGUGAAUUCAAGGAGCUUGAGGAAGACGAUCACAGGAUCUUUAUGGCCAAAACCAACAGAGAACUUAUCAGCGAAGGCAACAGUGUGUCGACUCAGACAGAUGGAGUCAAACAAGGAAGAUUUGGGGUUGAAAUAGCUGAGGAACACGAAAUGGAGCCGAAUGAUUUGCAUGAUUCUCGACCGUCUUCGAAUUCUAACUCGGAAAUUCUGAAAGGCCUUAACAUCUCAGCGGAUAUUAGAGAUCAAAGCGUUGAAGAUGAUCGUCCCAGUGGGAGGAUCAAAGCAUCUGCAGUGCUGAUGCAAUUGAUUGCUUGUGGAUCAAGAAGGGUCAAGGAUUGGGAAUCAAUGGAAAUAAGGGGUUGA